AAAGCUUUUUUUCUAUCUCCAUCAGUGAAGAAAAGAACCCAAGCCAACCAGCCUUUUUGCCCGUAUUAGCCUAAAAAGCAAGGUCGACACCCCCAAAAAUGGCUUCAACGAUCACCCUCUCCGCCGACACGAUCGACGAUCUUAUCUACGACGCCCGCUCCGGCGAUCUGGCCGCCCUCAAGGAGGACCUGACGGCCUGCAGCGCCCAGUUCCCGGACGUCUCGCUGGGCGCCGUCGUGGCCGCCGCCAUCGACGCCGCCCCGGAGGCCGAGGGAGGCAGCGGAUCCAGCCUGUUGCAUUUCCCGGCUGCGAAUGGGAAUAUCGAGAUCCUCACCUACCUGCUCACCCUCCUCGCGACGGAGGAGUCGACGCGCCGCCGCAUCGUCAACCACCGCAACCACUCCGGCAACACGCCGCUGCACUGGGCGGCGCUGAACACGCACCUGGACUGCGUCAAGGCGCUCGUCGAGGCCGGCGCCGACAGCUCCGUCAAGAACGACGCCGGCCUCGAUCCCGUCUUCCUGGCUGAGCGCGCGGACUGGUCGACGCAGGAGGAGGGAGGUGCUGCUGCUGCUGAGGCCGAGGCGGAGGCGGAGGCGGAGGCGGAGGCGGACGCAAAUGCGGCGGCUGAUCCCGGGAAGAUGUCCAAGGGACGGCAGGUCGUGGAGUGGAUGUUGAGCGCCGAGGUGGCUGCUGCUGGUGGGGAUUCGGAGACGGUGGUGGCCUCGGCUGGGGUGCCGGUUACUGGGAAUGGGGAUGAGUAAAAGAUUUGAGAAUCAGAGAUUAUUCCCCUUCUUCUCUCUUGUGAAUUGCUUACAUGGUGUUUGUAUUUGAUUCUUCUUUUGUAUGGUUAAUCCCUAGGGUCUUCUUUGUUUGGUCGUGUUGUAUAGAAUUCUUCGUUGGUGUAUGUUUUAUACAGUGGGAAAAAAUGUU